ACAAUAGAAAGCGCUAAUUACCUCAUCUGAGUAAAAAUCCGGCGGGGAUAAAUAGGGGAGUACAGCGUCUAGAAACCGCCACCCCGCUCUCUUUGUGCCGCCGGCUGGAGGUUUUCGCUCGCCGUGUCGCCUGUUUCAAAGGCAGUGAGUUAUGGCAGAUCUAGAGAAGUUGCUCCUGGAGGCCGCUGGAAGGACAACUGCAUCUGGACGAAACCGCCACUCAUCUCCACCAUCUAGGAGGAAAAGAAAAGGUUCAUAUUCCGACGAUGGAAGUGAUUCAAAGAAUGAUGACUCAGAUGGCGAUCGUGCUUAUUCUAAUAGAAAGCUACCGGGCUCCCAAGUGCCUCUCAAGAAGAGGCUGGAUCCUGCAGAUAGAGAUGAUGAUCGGAGUAGUCAAGAAGGUGAUGGUGAUUAUGAUCGUGAUCAUGACAGUGAUAAUGACUCUGUUGGGAGCGAUCUCUACAAAGAUGAAGAUGAUAGAGAAAAACUCUCCAAGCUUACGGAACUUGAACGAGAAAUGAUAUUGGAAGCCCGUGCAACCAAGAGAAGUGAUCGUGAUUUGACUGAAAAAUUGAAGAAAAGGAAGGGCCAGGAUAAAAAAGGUAGCCCCCCCAAAACACACACCCGAAACAUGCGCUCAAAAGCUGAAAGAGCUGGUGCAUUGGAUGAAUUAGUAAAACGAAGAAGGGAUGCUGCUAGAGGGGGCUCUGGCAGCCGGUACUCACCUGUGAAAAGAAGAACUUUCACUCCUGCAACCAUGAGCAGCCCCAGCAGGAGUGAUAGUGGAUCUCAUAGCGAUGAGGGAGAUUCAACAGGUGAUGGUGGAAUGGGUGAUAGUGAUGAAGACAAGUCAUCCGAGUCGCCAAAGUUUGAAGACAUUAAGGAAAUAACUAUUCGAAGGUCAAAGCUAUCAAAAUGGUUAAUGGAGCCUUUCUUUGAUGAAUUGAUUGUUGGUUGUUUUGUGCGGCUUGGAAUUGGAAGAUCCCGAGAUGGUCCUAUUUAUAGGCUCUGCAUGGUACGAAAUGUUGAUGCCUCGGAUCCUGACAGACAUUAUCCCUUUGACAACAAGACAACAUAUAAAUACCUAAAUGUGGUGUGGGGAAACGAAAGCUCGGCUGCAAGGUGGCAGAUGACAAUGGUUUCUGAUUCACCCCCACAAAAGAAGGAAUUUACUCAUUGGGUUCAUGAGGUGGAGCGUAGUGGCGGUCACAUGCCGACCAAACAAGAGGUUUCAGACAAGCUGGAGGCCAUACAAAAAACGAACAGUUUUGUUUACUCUGCAGCCACAGUGAAGCAGAUGUUGCAGGAAAAAAAAUCAGCGACGUGGAGGCCACUUAACAUUGCUGCGGAGAAGGAUCGUCUGAGGAGAGCCUUGGAAGUUGCCAAAGAGAAGGAUGACGAGGCUGCAAUAGAGAGGAUCAAUUCAAGGCUGCAAGAACUGGAUGCUGCUCGCCAGACGCAGGUGAAGAAUUCUAAGGCAGUUAAGUUAGCAGAAAUGAACAGAAGAAACAGGGUUGAGAAUUUCAGAAAUGCAUCGGAACUGAAGCCUGUGAACACAGCUUUGAAAGCUGGCGAGGCCGGGUAUGAUCCCUUCUCUAGGAGAUGGACCAGGUCGAGGAAUUAUUACGUGGCGAAUCCUGCAGGGGGAGAAUCAGCCGGUGAUGCCCCUGCUGCUGCUGUCCCUGAUAGCAGUGGAGUUACUAGAGUUUCAUCUGAGGCUGGGAUGGCGGCUACUGCAGCAGCACUGGAAGCUGCAGCUGAUGCCGGCAAGUUGGUCGACACAAGUGCUCCUGUAGAUCAAGGGACCGAGUCAAAUCUGCUACAUAAUUUCGAUCUGCCCAUUUCAUUAGCCGGCCUUCAGAAGUUCGGUGGACCUCAGGGCGCACUAGCCGGAUUUCUGGCUAGAAAACAGAGGAUAGAAGCCACCCUUGGGUACAAGGUUCAAGAAAACGACGGCAAGAGGCAUUCACUGACAUUGACUGUCAGCGACUACAAGCGUCGGAGAGGGCUUCUGUGAAUCUGCUAUAAUCCAUAUGAAAUAUUUGCCCAUUGCAGCUCUUAUGACCUUCUCCCUGCAUCGGAUUUUAAUCUGUGGAGUUUGGGUUAAUUGCUGGACUAUACUUUUAAUUGCGCUGGUUUCUAUGGACCGAAAUCUGGAUCAUAUCAUCGAUAUUUGGUUUGUCUUAUAGCACUGACUGCGAUGUUCGGCCAGGUCUGCAGCUUCUUUCUCCUAUUCCCUACCUGCUGCAUAUCGAUGUUUGUUUGUGCUUUAUUCAGUGAUUUAUAUGGUUAUCAAAUUACAUCAACUGUUUAUUCCUGCGUGACUGAACUACCAAUGACUGAUUUGCUAGUUCACUAUGUGUUAAGAACUUGUAGCCAUUUUAAAACUUUAUGUAUGUUUUGUUUUUUGA